CGCCGUCCCCCGCCGUCCCCCGCCGUCCCCCUCCGCUGGCCGCGGGGCGCGGGCGCCAUGGCGGAGCCCGGGCGGCCGCAGCGGAAGCUGUCCCGGGUCGGGGAGAGCCUCUACCGCGUCCUGGGCCUGCAGAAGGGCAGCUCCCCCGAGGAGAUCAAGAAGGCCUACCGGAAGCUGGCGCUCAAGUACCACCCGGACAAGAACCCCGAUGACCCGGCGGCGGCCGAGCGCUUCAAGGAGAUCAACAGUGCCCACGCCACGCUGAGCGACGAGGACAAGCGCCGCCUCUACGACCAGUACGGCUCCCUGGGCCUCUACGUGGCCGAGCAGUUCGGCGAUGAUGCUGUCAGGCACUACUUCCUCAUGUCCAAGUGGUGGUUCCAGGCCCUGGCUCUGUGUUGUGGCGCGCUCACCUGCUGCUGCUGCUGCUGUUGCUGCUUCUUCUGCUGCGGGACGUGCUGCCCGCCGAAGGAGGACGAGUCCUACAAGUACGUCGACCCCAAGGACCUGGAGGCACAGAUGUGCGCGGAGGACAGCGAUCCACAGAUACCUGUUGUGGCACAGCCCCCGCCUGCCAGCGCAGAGCCCUUGCCGGCUGCCAGCACCAGGGCCGAUGCCUGAAGCUGGCCUCAGUCCCGCCGGCUCCCCCCAGGACUCUGGGCAGGGAUCUUCCUUUGGGACUCACUUUCCAGGACCCCGCUCACACUACCCGGGGUGGCUUUUCAGCCUCAGGGUGGAUAGAAUCUCAGGUUAAUUUGGCCAGCAUCAAUGCAGGGGCUCUUCUGCCCCUGCUCGAGCUCCAGGGCGACGUCCCUGUGUCCCAGCACUGGUGGUGGCAGAGGCAGCCUGGAGCCCGUGCUGCUGCGCCCCAUCCCCAGCGCCUCUCCUGCUGCUGCGCCCCUGCCCGGCAGCUGCGGGUGGAGACCUCUCCGGACCAGGCUCCGUUGCUUACGAGGGGUAGCUGAGCGUGUCCGAGACCGUUAGCACUGUAACCUCUGGGGCUGGGCUGAGCCCGCUACCUGCCCUCAUGAGGACCCUCCUGAUGGGUGCUGGGUGCCAAACACUGCUUGUGGGGUUGGGGUGCCACCUUCUGUACCCCCUUCCUCUACACCCUGCCAUGUCCUCAGGGCACUGGCUGCACCCCACGCUUGCUGCUGCUGGCAGGCUCCCUGCAGGGCUGGGCCCGGUACAGGCACUUUCCUUGGGUUUGUAUAGGAUUUAUGGGCACCAUUAAAGGAUGACAGGAGGGGAGCA